AUGAAUAAGACUCUGGUCGCCAGCUGCCUGUUCUCAGCAGCUGUUCUCUACCUGCGUCUAGGCAGCAACCUGGUUAGCGCCGCAUUGCAGCUCUGCGUCUUCGGGCUGCUCGCUAUGGAGGCCAAACGAGACAAAGUCACUCUGGGGGUCUGUGCCAUGCCCAAAAAGACCGAGAGCAAGCCCAUGCAAGAAAUUCUUACGCGAAUAGAGGGCCCCCACAUCGAGAUCGUCAUCUUUUCUCUGGACAUGAUCAUGCGCGAGCCGGUCAAAGUCUGGCCUUAGGUCGACACUCUGAUAACUUUCUACUCGACUGGUUUCCCCUUUGCGAAGGUUGAACAGUACGUCAACCUCAGGAAGCCGCUCAUGAUCAACGACCUGAAGAGCCAGUCUAUCCUUUGGGACCGAAGCCUUGUUUACCAAAAGUUAAAGGAAAACUCAAUUCCCAUCGUCAAGCAUUUUUUCCUAGGCCUACUAAAAACGCAGGACGUCUGCACGAAGGAAGUGGAGGAGCACGAUGAGUACCUGAUGAUAAAUGGGGUUAAACUCAAAAAGCCCUUCGUGGAAAAGCCCUUCGACGCCGAGGACCACCGGAUCUGCAUCUACUACCCGAUCAAGGACGGCGGAGGGCGAAAGAACCUGUUCCGGAAGGUGGGCAACAAGAGCAGCUCCUUCGAGCCCACGGUAAACUCAAUCCGCAGGGACAGCAACUACAUCUACGAGGAGUUCCUUCCCACUAACGGCUUUGAUAUCAAGGUGUACACUGUGGGCCCCGAGUACAUGCACGCAGAGGCCCGCAAGAGUCCCUCCUUGGACGGGGUGGUCCACAGGACCGAGACCGGCAAGGAGGCUCGCUUUCCGGUGUUCCUGACUCCCGCCGAGAAGUUUAUCGCCAGCCGGAUUGUGGAGGUGUUCGGGCAGAACGUUUGUGGGUUCGACCUGCUGAGGUCGUAGGGCAAGAGCUAUGUCUGUGACGUGAACGGGUGGUCCUUUGUCAAGAACAGCGUCAAGUACUUCUAGGACUGCGCCAUGAUCCUCAAGCGGAUGAUGCUCCAGAAGUUCGCUCCCCACCUGAUCAAAGAAGAGAUAAAGCGCGGGCAGUGGUUUACCAACAUCGCCAUGAACGAGUUCCGGCCGGAGGAGGGGGCCACUGACAUCACGGAGUACGAACUGCGGUCGGUAGUGGCAGUCUACCGCCACGGGGAGCGCACGCCCAAACAGAAGAUGAAGAUGAGGGUGGAGGAGCCAGCUUUUCUGGCCUACUUUAAUGGCGGCACCAAGGAGGUCAAGAUAAAGAGUUCCUUUGACCUUGAAAAGCUACGGGAAACUACUAACGAAAUCCUUAACAAAGGGGACUACACGGGCUGCGAGUCUGUGGUGAAGCUGCUGCAGUUGAAGUCGGUGCUUGAGAUUGGCGGCCACUUCGAAGGACUGAACCGCAAGAUCCAGCUCAAGGCCAUCAGCGUGGCCGAGGGACAGGUCACCAGCGCCCUCAUGAUCGUCAAGUGGGGAGGCGAACUCACUUGCGACGGAGAGAACGAUUCCUUCAACCUUGGACAGAACUUCCGGCUGCUCUACCCGGAGGACAAGGAAGGGCUGCUGCAGCUGCAUUCGACCUACCGACACGACCUAAAGACCUACUCCUCUGACGAGGGCCGCUGCCAGAAAACCGCAAGCGCCUUCCUGAAGGGGUUCCUGUCCUUGGAAGGUGACCUGGCGCCCAUCAUGGCCUCGCUGGUGAACCGCAAGCCCAAGGCGCAGGCGAUCCUGGACUGCUCUGAAGAGCAGAACCAUAACAAGCUGCAGCUGCAGGUGAAGGAGUAA